UAGAUUAAGGACAAUUAAUUAUUUGGGAAGAACAGAGUUCAAGUUUGAGGUAGAAUCACCACCACAAGGGCGUGGGUGUAUAGUCUCACCGAUGACCGGGGAGGCUCUUACCACGAAGUUUACUGUGGAAUGCGUGGGUUAUGUAGACUAUGUAUCCCGACUUCCGUUGACCUACAAGCUGUACCAGCGUGACAAUGUUGGAAUGAGCAAUGAAAUCAACACUCUUGUUGCAUACUCUGGAACAAACGUCUUGGAUAAGAUCACACUAUCCGCAAGAGGCGUAGCCGGCGUGUCGAUAAUACACCUUUUUGUCGAAGUUAAGAAUGUGAAGGGAACAACUAGUACAGCACAUUUUUCGGUGCAGGUAA